GACUUGCAAUUGCGUGUCGGUUACGGUUUGGGUUUUCACAGACGUCAAUGCUGACCAGCUCCAGACUCCUCAAAACUAGUAUUAUAUAAUACCCUCUCAUCUUCUUAUCCUCUCGCUCAUUUAUCGAUCCUUCUUCAAAUUCUCUCUCAAAUUCUUCAAUCAAAAGCCUUCUCUGCUAUUCUGUUUCUCCUCUCACAAGAUGCAGAUCUUCGUGAAAACCCUUACUGGAAAGACCGUAACCCUUGAAGUUGAAAGCUCUGAUACUAUUGACAAUGUCAAGGCCAAGAUCCAAGACAAGGAGGGCAUCCCUCCGGACCAGCAAAGGCUGAUCUUUGCUGGAAAACAACUCGAGGAUGGUCGUACCCUGGCUGACUACAACAUUCAGAAGGAAUCCACCCUUCAUUUGGUUCUGCGUUUGAGGGGAGGGAUGCAAAUUUUUGUUAAGACUCUCACUGGGAAGACAAUUACCCUUGAGGUUGAAAGCUCCGACACCAUUGACAAUGUGAAGGCCAAGAUCCAAGACAAGGAGGGCAUCCCUCCGGACCAGCAAAGGCUGAUCUUUGCCGGAAAACAACUCGAGGAUGGUCGUACCUUGGCUGACUACAACAUUCAGAAGGAAUCCACCCUUCAUUUGGUUCUGCGUUUGAGGGGAGGGAUGCAAAUUUUUGUUAAGACUCUCACUGGGAAGACAAUUACCCUUGAGGUCGAAAGCUCUGACACCAUUGACAAUGUCAAGGCCAAGAUCCAAGACAAGGAGGGCAUCCCUCCGGACCAGCAAAGGCUGAUCUUUGCUGGAAAACAACUCGAGGAUGGUCGUACCUUGGCUGACUACAACAUUCAGAAGGAAUCCACCCUUCAUCUGGUGCUCAGGCUUCGUGGGGGAAUGCAAAUUUUUGUUAAGACUCUUACUGGAAAGACCAUAACCCUUGAAGUUGAAAGCUCUGAUACUAUUGACAAUAUCAAGGCCAAGAUCCAAGACAAGGAGGGCAUCCCUCCGGACCAGCAAAGGCUGAUCUUUGCCGGAAAACAACUCGAGGAUGGUCGUACCUUGGCUGACUACAACAUUCAAAAGGAAUCCACCCUUCAUCUGGUGCUCAGGCUUCGUGGGGGAAUGCAAAUUUUCGUUAAGACUCUUACUGGAAAGACCAUCACCCUGGAGGUGGAGAGUUCUGAUACAAUUGACAAUGUGAAGGCCAAAAUUCAAGACAAGGAAGGAAUCCCACCGGAUCAGCAGAGGUUGAUUUUUGCUGGUAAGCAGCUUGAGGAUGGCCGGACUCUUGCGGAUUAUAACAUCCAGAAGGAAUCCACCCUUCACUUGGUGCUGAGGUUGAGAGGAGGAAUGCAGAUAUUUGUAAAGACAUUGACAGGAAAGACCAUCACUUUGGAGGUGGAGAGCUCAGACACCAUUGACAAUGUGAAAGCUAAAAUACAGGAUAAGGAGGGAAUACCACCGGAUCAGCAGAGGUUGAUUUUUGCUGGUAAGCAGCUUGAAGAUGGCCGUACUCUUGCGGAUUACAACAUUCAGAAGGAGUCAACUCUUCACCUGGUGCUUAGGUUGAGAGGUGGAAUGCAGAUAUUUGUAAAGACUUUGACUGGAAAGACCAUCACUUUGGAGGUGGAGAGCUCAGAUACCAUUGACAAUGUGAAAGCUAAAAUACAGGAUAAGGAAGGUAUCCCACCUGACCAGCAGAGGUUGAUCUUUGCUGGUAAGCAAUUGGAGGAUGGAAGGACUUUGGCUGAUUAUAACAUCCAGAAAGAGUCCACACUCCACCUUGUCCUGCGUCUUCGUGGUGGCUUCUGAAUGUUGAAGGCUGUCUUGCUAUUGGAAGUUACAUAAUCCUGUUAAUAAUUUGCUUUGCUUGUGUCUCUUUGCUGCCCAAGUCAUGGUGACUGGCUUUUUAAAGCCUUUGUAAUUUUCGUUUUGUGGGAUUGGAUGGUGGUGUUAUAUUGUUUGUUGUGAUGGGAUUUUAUGGUGGUGUUAUCUGUUGCGAAAUAAAAUCGAGGACUUCUAAAAGCUUUUGUUAAA